GGUUGUUGACCCAGUUUUCCAACACUGUGGAUGGCGUCGUUUGAAUAAAACUGUAAACUAUUACCCACACAAACAAGAGGAAAUAUUCGCCACAAAAAAAACGCACAAAACGUAAUUAGAAAAAUAAAAACUAUAAACGACUAUCUCCAGUUACCCAGGAGUAGCAAUGACUCUACCACGAUCUGAGACUCCCCUGCGCCGCUCGGCGGUGGGGAGCUACCGCGAGGGCAUGACCAGCAACACGACAGUGGUUAACGACGACGAGGCGGAGCGCCAGGAAGCCCGGCGUCGCACCUUAAUGCAGCCGCGUAAAAGCACUCUGGAGUCCAUCGAGGACAACGAGGCUAUUCGCAGCUGUCUGGAGAUCUACAAUGGCAACAAGCUGAGCAAGGACAAUGCCUGGAGCGUGUCCCUAAUCGAUUCGCUGGCCAAUCUCCUAGAUCACCACCACAAGCGGAUGAGCAACUUCAAGAUGGCCGGCUCUUCGUUGGAGGCUUCAUCCAAAGUAUAUGGCCUGCGUGUGGACUCCAUCUACCUGGACGCAAUGCGUAUUUCAGCCGGCCUAAGUGCCCGCACGCUCACAGACAAGCAGAUAAAUGCGGCGGAGAAUGACGAUGGAACAGAACCUUCUCAGGCAGGCGGUGAGGGUGAUGAUUCAUCUGCCGCCGCCAGUCAGAAAGGUGCUGCACCCAAGCCCAAAAGACAGAAGAAGAACGUGUCGACUGUAACCAAGAACAAGGAGACCCUGAACGCUCGUCUGGACACGACACCUCUGCAGGAUCCAGUGUUUGGUCAGCUGAACUCCACAGUGGGCUCCAUCAAUGCUUCAAAUCGUUUAAUGCACAACAUUUUGCCCAGUCGGGACUCGGAGCUGCUGUUGCGCACUAACUAUAAGUUUUGGGACAGUGAAGAGGUAUCUGAAGAUAUCGAGGACUACACGACGUUAUCGGCGGACAAGGAGCAGCGGUCAGCAGAAUCGCUUGUCAGUGCCGACUGGCUUCGGAAGCUGCUGCCUCAGGUAGACAAAUGGAAUCUCCGACCCAUGCAUACUGGGUACAUCAUCACAAGCGCCCCAAAUCCAAAGCCAUCAGACGAAAAGCCCAAGGAACCCGAGCCGGAGGCGGCUCCAGAAGAAGAGGAUGAUGGAAUCGACAAUGCUGAUGAUAUGUGUGCGAAUAUCAACGAGAUUUCAAUGGCCUUUGAUGUCGAAGCUGACGUAGCUCCGCUGCCAGACUUGGAUGCAGCUCCACCACAGGUUUUGGAAGUAGGAGGAGAUGACCUGCAGGAGCUUACUAUAGAGGAACAGAUGGUGAUCCACAAUUGUAGGAGGCUGCGUAAGCAGGCCACUGUCAUUGACGAUCUGCGUCCCGUUGAUGGAUCAUCCAAGCUAGAAUACUCGUACCGGCCGAUGGAACAGAUCUCCCAGUUCUGGGCAGGACCCUCGCAUUGGAAAUUUAAAAGAAAUCGGGCGCGCAGUACAUUAUUUCAAGCCAAUGGUCAAACGGACACCCAGGUGGGUUCCACUCAGAAAAAGUCGUCAAAGAAGUCGGCGCAGCAAGCCGCCAAGCGUAAAAAUAAGAUGAUAGCUUACGAUAAUGUAACACAGGACUUCUUCCAACCGCUGGACGCCAGCGUUAAACAGCGGAAGGUCAAUUUCCAAAAGAAGUGGGAUUCUCGAAAGCUGAGUUUGCCCACAAAGUUCAUCUUCGAUUCGGACUACUUCUUCAAAUACGAUUCGGCGCCUAGUAUAAAGUUGACUCGACGCGCUGGGGAGCCGGAUUCUGAUGAUGCUGACGAUCUUGGCCUGGACAUGGAUGUGGGCUCUGAUCACGGGGAUGUCGAGAACGACCUGGACCUCUUGGGUAAUGAACACUUCACUGCAGCCGUUCCCGCCAAUGUAAGCAUUAUGCUUCCGGAGGGUGCGGAAGGAGUUGAUGGCCUGGAUCUGGACGCCAGAGAGGCAACCAUUGGUCUGACCAACGUGUCCAUGAGGGACCCAUGCAAUAAUACAGUUCUCGAAAUUGGAACCGAGUUUGAGGGUGCUCCAUCUCAGGUUACCAAAGUGAUUGUUCCCUUCGCCAAGCGUGCUAAAGUGAUAGAUAUGAAAAAUCUCAAAAAGAGCUGCAACUCUCUGAUUCAGAAGCAAAUGUUGAACGUUGUGCCCGAGGAGACGAUACCCUCGCACCCGAGGCCGAAAAAGGAGCAGUACUCGAAGGGCGUUGCUAGUUUCCAGAAUGUUUACUGCAAACUACCGACCCUGCUGACCACAAAAAUGUCAGAUUCACUCUCCACGUCGGUGGCGUUCUAUGCGGUCCUGCACUUGGCAAACGAUAUGAAGCUGCGGCUUAUUCCUCAGCCAGAUUUGGAAGAUUUUCAAAUCCGACAGGUCUUGGAUUAGGUUUAUUUUUUUUUAUACGAUUUUCUUAUUAAGUGGCUCUUGCAUGUGUUGAAUUCUCAAUGUCACAUUACCUUAAUUUCAAAAUCACCAAAAACCCUUAAUGUAUAUCAGUAUUUUCACAAUAUGCAACCCAACCCAUGUAUGACAAUUUCAGUAAGCUGACUCUGAUUUAUUAUUUUUAUGAUCAAAUAAUCAAUUCUAAUAACAAUCAUACCUUAAGACUAGCUAUUAAGUACUAAUAAAGAUGUGGUUUUAAUCCAAA